AUGAGGGAGCUUGGCGUGACACGCUGGGGGAGGUGUGAGGAGGAAGUGCCAGGAGGACGCGGUGUGGCGGCAGCUGAGUGCAGGGCGGGCACUGCUGGCAGCCCCUGGAGCAUAGGAGACUCUGAGGAGAGAGAGAGAGAGACAGACAGCUUUGGAGUGGUGAGAAGAGGAGACCGGAGCGAACCCACCACGGCCAUCACAGACGGCAGACGGACAGACGGCAGGACGGACACACGGGCGGCGGCUGCGAUUGGCGGCUCGGCGGCGGGUUGGUGGAAGAUGUCGUUGGGGGCCGGGGGAGGCAGGCGGUGCGGGCGGGCGGGGGGCGGGGCGGGGGGUGCCGCAGGGGAGGGGCCGGUGGGGAUCCCGUUCCCGGAGCACAGCGCCGACCUGCUGGGGGGUCUGAACGAGCAGAGGCUGAGCGGGCAGCUGUGCGACGUGCUGCUGGUGACGCAGGACCGCGAGUUCCCCGCGCACCGCUCCGUCCUGGCCUCCUGCAGCUCCUACUUCCACAAGCUGUUCACGUCUGGUGCCGCCGCCGACCGCCAGAGCGUCUACACCAUCGACUUCGUGCGGGCCGACGCGCUGGCCGCGCUGCUGGACUUCGCCUACACCGCCACGCUGACCGUCAGCCACGCCAGCGUGGGGGCCGUCCUGAGUGCCGCCCGCCUGCUGGAGAUCCCCCCGGUGCGAGACGUCUGCACACACCUGCUGGACACCAAAGUGCUCUCCCCGCCGGCGGGCAGAGAGCAGGGAGAGGAGGAUGAAGAGGAUGACGAGGAGGGAGGGAAGGUCGGGGGAGGAGAGCAGGCGAACCGGCUGCAGGCCCGGGAGUACCUGGAGUUCUUCCAGAGGGGGGCGCACUGGGGCAGCGGCUGCAGCACGCCCGAGCUCAGGGAUCUCGCCUCGCACCUGCAGCACUUUACCCCGCCCAACGGAACCCCCAGCGCCCCCAUGGAGUACCCCUCGCCCCCCGCCCACGCCCUGGCGCACCCGUACCCCCAGGACCCCGCGGACGAGGAGGAGGACGAUGACGAAGAGGGCGAGGGGGAAGGGGACGCCGCCCGAGCUGAAGCCAUCCUGGCCUGGGCGAGGGGCGGCAGAGGCGGGGCGCCCCCGGCCCUUUACACCCCUCCCCAAAACGGACACUACCUCCAGUCAGACCCCAAACUGGAGCCUGAGCGGGACGGGGUGUCGGCCAGCACCCUCCUGCAGCAAAUGAUGGACUCCAUCCAGGGGCAGAAGGGGCGAGGGGGGGCCGCGGGGCAGGACGUCCCGGACGGUGACGACCCGGACGUGGAGUUUUACUUGAAAUACUUUAACAGUGUGCAGCAGGACGGGGCGGGCGGGGUCACCCAGGACCUGCUGCCCCUCUGGGCCUCCUCGCGGGACAGCUCCGUCACGGGCGGGCGGGGCGGGGCCACGGGGGAGAAGAAGAUACGCUCCAAGGCCUACCAGAAGUGCCCCAUCUGCUCCAAGGUCAUCCAGGGGGCGGGCAAGCUGCCCCGGCACAUCCGGACACACACGGGGGAGAAGCCCUACGAGUGUGCCAUCUGCAAAGUGCGCUUCACCAGGCAGGACAAGCUGAAGGUGCACAUGCGGAAGCACACGGGGGAGAAGCCAUACCUGUGCACGCACUGCGGUGCCGCCUUCGCCCACAACUACGACCUGAAGAAUCACCUGCGCGUGCACACGGGCCUGCGGCCCUACCAGUGCGCCAGCUGCUUUAAGACCUUCGUCCGCUCCGACCACCUGCACCGCCACCUCAAGAAGGACGGCUGCACCGGCGUGCCCUCCAGGAGGGGUCGCAAGCCCCGCGUCCGGGCCCCGGGGCUCCCGGAGGACACAGGGGGGCUGCCCCCAGGGACCGUCCCGCGCAGGGGCAGGGAGAAGCGCCCCCUGGAGGCGGCGGCCGCCGAUCCAGCAGCGGGAGGCCUGGGAAGCUCCGCCCACUCCUCCUCCCACAGCCCUCGGAGGCAAGAGGAUUUGGGCAACGUGAGGCCGUGAGACGGCGAGGUGCUGGAUGCCAGAGGCGCGCUGGACCAUGUGUGUAGGGGAAGGAGGCGUGACAGAAGCGAAAAAAAAAAAAAAAACAUCUAAAUCGUACAAAAAAAAAAAAAACUUUUCUGCAAACCAAAUCAGGGUGUCACAAAAUCUAAUGUAAAGUUUCUUUUCUCCAUUAGCUUUGAAUACGAAAUGGCCGCUUAAGGACAGGUGGUGUAGAGAGCGAGGGCUGCUGAAAUCACACCCUCCUGUCGGCUCCGCCCCUCUCUGCCGCGUCUCUGAGGCGUGGCUCUCCCGCAUCGGCAAGGAUCGCUUCCCCCAUGAUCUGCAAAACCCACAAUCAAAAACCAAAACACAUUCCUACAGGAGCAGCUAUGCAGGUGACGAUGGUGAUGUCACUGGUUUUGUCCAUUCUUGGAGCGGACACUAAAGAUCCCAGGGCAGCCUUUUGGAAAAAAAAAAAAAAAAGAAAAGAAAAAGAGGAGACUCUCCUCUGCUGCUCUGGUUAAAGGCAGGUCGAGCUUUUAAACAGAGAUGCAUUACAGAUGAGGCUGAAGCCAUGGACGGAAAUCCGAGACAGUGGUGUGUUACUGUUCUAAUGCAUCUAAUGCGGCCACUAUGGGCAAGCAGGGGUGCACAAGCCCCUGAGGACGUCAGACAGAAUGCUGUGAUUUUAGUGUUCCUCGCUCUAUAAAAGUGAGUCAGCCCUUUUUUUUUUAAAAAAAAAAAAAGGUAACUGUUGAGUCGGAUCCACCUCUAGGGGGCUCUUUUGAUUACAGCAGUUGGGGAGAGGACCGGGGGGCUGGGUCCUGUGUUUCUGAAGCACUACCAAUGUCACUCCACUAGAGGGCGAAAGCAUUCCUAAUGCCUCCACCCCCCUGAGCUGAGCCCACCUCUGCAGUUUUUUCUCUUUCGUAUUUGUCUUAACUUUGUGUUAUUGGUGGAGGUGCUCCUUGUCGCUUUCGCAUUAACUGCUUUGGGUACUUGACACUUUAAGUAUGUAGACAUGUGUAUAUGCAUCAGGUGGUGAUAAUUUUGGACCCCUUUUUUUUAAGAUGAGGUGUUUGACCAUUUGAGCUAUUCUGUCAAAGCUAGGUGAAGGUGUCAGCAAACGCUGUCGAAAUUUAUAAUAACUCCAUGAAUUUGUUAACUUUGAGUUAAAAACGAAGCCAUUUCUCAGCUGAUUAGGCUAACGAGAGCCUGUGAACAUAACAGUAUAGUAAUUAUAAAAGUAAUUGUUGUUCAGGUUUUGGUGCAAAAAAGGGACCCAUUUUAUGACUGUCUGGUGAAUGACAAAAAGACAAGGGCAGUGAAAUCUGAGAUCUUGAAAAAGAAAAAGAACGAUUGCAACUUUUUUUGCUCACAGUUUUGCACAUCUUUAUAAGAGAAAUCUAACAAAACGAUGUAUAUUUAAAAAGCCAGAGGGAGGGCAAUGUGAGUAUGGGGUGAAUCCAGAUUUUUGGCCUGGGGGACCAUGUGGCUACGAACUUCAGUGAGUGACUGAGGAAAAGAGCAAUAAAGGUCUUUGCUGGAAGUCCAAAUAUGGGCAAAGCUGCAGCUGCACGGUGGGGCCAGGGCAGGCAGGGACAGGUGGGGUUUCCCAAUGAGUGAUACAUUCCAAAACAUAUUUUAAUCUUUCCAGAACCACCACCGUUUAUUUUUUUAAUCAGAAUUUGACCCAUUUACGUUUACCUUUUGUGGGUUUAUGUGCAGGUUGAUACCUCUAGGGGGUGUGCACAGCCUUUCCCCUUUGCCCCACACUGGUUCAGGAGCCCUGAGAGGAACUGCGUUUGGUUUGUUGUGGGGUGGGGGUAGGUUGGGGGGUGCUCUGUACAGGAUGGCAUGUACCCCACCACAAAUUGUGGGCAUGCUCAAACACAUCUCUCCGGGCCUUGAACCAAGUCUGCACUUAAAUGGACAAAGGGGAGAGAAGGAGCACUCAAACAUCUCAUUCCAUCACUGACAGAAGCAAACAGCUGUCAUAAGUUGUGUGAUUCGUGUGAACACUUAAAUCUUGAUAGCCCUUUUUAUGUGUAUAUGUAUGCGUGUAGUUAUAUUUAAUGGCAUGAAAAUGGAAGGUCGAUGUUGGCCUAGUGUAGCGGAUGAGGAGUUUGCCCCACACCCCCUGAAUAUUGCUGUGCAGCUGUAUGUCUGUCCAAAAUGUCAGUCCUCUUUCACCUUAAUGGAAAAGAAGCGGGUUCGAAAUGCACUUUUGUUACAGGGAAGGGCACUUUCGUCAAAGAAACGGGUACCUUGAAGCUACAAGAAUGAAAAAGAAAAUAAUAAUAACUGGAAACGUGGCUGCGUUUUUUUUUCUGUUCUCUUAUUCAGUUUUUGAUGUUGGGGCCACAACCCACAACGGCAGAAAACUCUGCCAAAUGUCCCUAAAUCUCUUUGGAGAGGAAACAUCACGGGAAUCAGAAACUGACGCGAUAAGAAACGGACUUGUUGGAUUUUGUGACCUUAAAGAAAAAAAAAAAAAAACUGAAAGAAAAAAAAGAAUCUCCAUGUAACUGAUCUUACUUGAAGUCUUUGUGGGGGAAAAUGAGGAGUGAGCCACCUUACCUGAUGUCUUAAA